CUUGAUAUUAUAAAUACUAUGGGAAUUCUGCACCAUCAAUUUCAAUGGUUAAGAAGUGGUUUACUGAGUUCCGUUGUGGUCGUACCAGCACAAGUGACGCCGAACGUUCAGGUCGCCCAAAAGAGGUCAUCACGCCAGAAAUCGUCGAUAAAAUUCAUGGAAUAAUAUUGGACGAUCUGAGAAUGAAAGUAUGUGAGGUGGCUGAGGCUGCAGGCAUCUCAACUGAGCGGGUACAUCACAUUUUACAUGAAUAUUUGGAUAUGAAAAAACUAUCCGCGAGAUGGGUGCCGCGAUUGCUCACACUCGACCAUAACCAUACACCACAACCGUGUGACCACUUCAAAAGAGUGUUUGGCGAUGUUCAGCCGCAAUCCGAACGAGUUUUUGCGCCGUUUUGUAACCGUGGACGAAACAUGGAUCUAUCACAAUACACCAGAGACCAAGGAACAAUCAAAACAGUAGGUUUCACCGGGUGAACGUGCACCAAAGAAGACCAAGGUGGGUCUGUCAGCCAACAAGGUCAUGGCCACAAUUUUUUGGGAUGCACGCGAUGUCAUUCACAUCGAUUAC